AUGAAAGAUCUGUGGGACAAGAAAGGAGACGAACAUCUUGAAUUGAAGAGCCAAAACCUGCGAGAUCAAGCCGCUAGACUUGAGAAAAUUAACGCUACAGCUGAGACUCGUGCUAUCGGUAAGGUAAGCGGCGGAGCGGUUAUCAUUGGACAUUAGAUGAAAGCAGACAUUAUCAGCAUAUCAGCAGACAUUAGAUGAAAACCAGAGAAGGCACAACACGAUUUCACAACAUGAAUUUAACAAUUUGGAAAAUCAAAACACCAUUAGUCAAAAUGCAAAUUUGGAGGUAAACACCAAUCUGGAUUUGCAUACAGACAAUGAUAUUGUCCAAAACAGUCACGAACGGCAAGAAACCGAAGCUGUAGAGGGCUUUGAAGUGGCUAAUGACUGUCCUGGUGAACCACACGCCGGCAUACAUGAAGCAGGACGUCUACCCGACUAUGUUGCUGUUGAUAUACCAUCGAUUACCAUCUUGGGACGCAGAGCGGACGGCUCAAUAAUUACGGUCAACUCGUCAACCAUAAUUAAUGCAUACGAUGAAAUUACGCGAUGGCGUAAAAAUACUUUCCUCGUCCCGUAUGGCAAAGUUGGGCGAGACUUUAUCGACCAGCUAACACAACAUAUAAACAAUUGGAACAACGCAUCGCAAACACAACACAUAGCGCUGAAAGCUGCAAUUGUUCUCUUGGCAACGGCACUGCAAAAGCCAAGCGUAAAAUCGAAGGCAAAAGAUCACAAAGAGUGCUUGAAAAAACGACUAGCGCUAUGGAAAGAAGGAGAAGUCGAGAGCUUACUUCGUGAAGGCCGGUCCAUUCAAAAGCGUCUAGCAAGGUCUAAAAGGAUGGAGCCUCCAAAUAAAGCGAAGAUAUUCGCCAAGUUGGUCAUGGAAGGUCAGAUCAAUUCUGCUUUGAGAUAUCUCAGUGAGGCUGAUUGUGAUGGAGUGCUGCCUUUGACUAACGACGUGAUGAGACAGCUUCUGGAGAAAUACCCUGAGGCACAAGAGGCCAAACUUGGCUCGUUACUCUUCGGGCCAUUUGAGGAAGUGCACGAUUCGUUAUAUCAGCAGAUUGAUGGCGAAAUGAUACGCGAGACAGCAUUGCGAACCAAGGGCUCCGGCGGCCCUUCAGGAGUGGAUGCAAAUGGAUCAAGCGUAUUUUCGCAUGUAAAUCGUUUAAGAAAUCAGGCGUAA